UCAUAAUAGUAAGGAGUAAGUACAAUUUUGUACAUUUGCUUCUGAAUCAGAAAUGAACAUCUACAAUGCAACACUCAUUCUGUUAAUUGUUAUCCAUAUAGUUAAUGGUCAAGAAGAUUUUAAACCACCACAGUCUAUAGAUGAAACCAGCUUGAAGUUUCUCUAUUCCAAUUCAGAUCUUGGAAAUGAUAGACGAAUUCCAAUAGGAUGUGGUAAUGAAACAAGUAUACUUGAGCACUGGAUACAAGAUUUACCUUUAAAAGUUAUAACUCAUGGAUGGCUUUCAUCAGACUACAACUACACUGGAGUAUUUACCAUUAAUACCGCAUAUGUCGACAUCGGUGGGUUCAAUGUGAUAUCAGCAGAUUGGAGUAGUAUUGCAGAUAAUCCAAAGUAUCCAGUUCCUGCAUCCUUAACCAAUGCCGUUGGUUCUGCAUUAGCUGCAUUUUUGGAUCGUUUGGUUGAUGCCACAGGAAUAAAACCAUCGGACAUACAUUUAAUAGGCCACAGUCUUGGUGCUCACGUUGUAGGAUCAUGUGGUUCUAAUUUGAAAUCGGGAAAAAUCGGUAGGAUUACCGGUUUAGAUCCAGCAGCACCCGGAUACGAGACCGUAUCCCUUAAUUUACCACACUUGAGCAAAAAAGAUGCUCAGUUUGUGGACAUUAUCCACACUUCAGGAGGGACUGUUGGCUUCUUAAAAAGUAUCGGCCACGCUGACUUUUUUCCCAACACUGGAUUAGCGCCUCAACCAGGAUGCUAUUCACUAUUCAAAUUACUAGAUUUCAUGCAUUGUAGCCAUUCAAGAUCGUAUGAACUUUAUGUAGACUCAGUGUACAAUCCUUUAGUCGCAGUAAACUGUCCCUCGUGGGAUGAUUAUGAAUCUAACAAGUGUGAAAAUAACACUCUUGAGUUUAUGGGACAUGACACAUCACCCAGUGCUAGAGGUGUUUUUUUCUUGAAGACCGGAAGUACAACACCUUAUAAUAAGUACUAAUGUGUAAUAUAUUUAGUUGUAUUCAUGAGAAACUAAUAUUUGUAAUAUAAAUGUUUUCAUCCCUACACCAAGUAUAAGCGUAAUGUAUAGAUAUAUUAUGUAAUUUAUGUAAACGUUUUUAAUUUUAAAUUUAAAUAAAUGUAUAUUAAUUUAAAGUCCAAUAUUCUAGUGUUUUAGCUAGCUAUAAAAAAUGAAUUAACAUGUUUGUUAUCAUAAUGUGUAUUUUCGUAUAGAUAAUUUGUAUAGGUAGAUACUUAAAUUCAUCGAUUGUUGAAAUCCAUCAAAUUUUAAAUUUCAUAAAUCAGUAUUGUAACACAGAUAUAAGUACGAAGUACCUGCAAUAUAAGGUAUAUACACUCAAAAAUAAAUUCAUUAACACUAA